AUGACCCUGUCUGGAGGCAGCGACAGAGCCAGCGACAUGUCCGGCCAGACCGUGCUCACGGCGGAGGACGUGGAUAUCGACGUGGUUGGAGAGGGAGACGACGAGGGCAUGGAGAGGGGGGACAGCGACUGCGACAGCCCGGGGGGAGGCAUCCUGCACGGCCUCCGAGGUGAGCCGGGGGACGACGAGGUGGAGGAUGAGAUCGAGGUGGAGAAGGAGGAGAUGGGCUCCGGUGGAGGGAGUCCGAGCUGCGAGAGCUCCGGGGAGGGAGAGGCUGGCACCGGCAAGGGAGAGGGUCAGGACGGGAGCUCCGCGUCGGGAGGCUCGCUCCAGAAGCCCAAAAGCAGCCUGGUGAAGCCGCCUUACUCCUACAUCGCCCUCAUCACCAUGUCCAUCCUCCAGAGCCCGCAGAAGAAACUCACCCUCAGCGGGAUCUGCGAGUUCAUCAGCAGCCGCUUCCCGUACUACCGGGAGAAGUUCCCGGCGUGGCAGAACUCCAUCCGCCACAACUUGUCCCUGAACGACUGCUUUGUGAAAAUCCCACGGGAGCCCGGCAACCCCGGCAAGGGCAACUACUGGACCCUGGACCCCGCGUCCGAGGACAUGUUCGACAACGGCAGCUUCCUCAGGAGGAGGAAAAGGUUCAAGAGGGUUCAGCCGGACAUGCUCCGGGACCAGACCGCGCUCAUGAUGCAAAGUUUCGGCGCGUACGGCCUCGGGGGCCCCUACGGGAGGCACUACGGGAUCCACCCAGCGUAUGCCCAUCCGGCGGCUCUGCAGUACCAGUACAUGCCCCCGGUGGGUCACAUGCUGCCGCCGGGCGUCCCCCUCCUGCCCUCGGUGGAGCUCAACCGAAAGGUGUUCAACUCCCAGCUCAGCCCGAGCCUCCAGAUGCAGCUCAACAGCCUGAGCACGGCGUCCAUGAUCAAAUCAGAGCCGUCCAACAGGCCGUCGUUCAGCAUAGAGAACAUCAUCGGGGUCUCCAGCGCGUCCUCGUCCUCGCCCCAGGCCUUCCUGCGGCCUCCGGUGACCGUGCAGUCGGCCCUGCUGAGCGCGCAGUCCCUGUCCCUGACCCGGAGCUCCGCGGCCAUCGCCCCCCUCCUCAGCGUUCCGUCCAGUCUCCUCUCGGGACACGGUUUAUCCUCCGCGACGACGCUGUCCAAGUGGCCGUCACAAUGACUUUAUCACAGGAAGAUAUAGACUCUUAUUUUUUAUAUAGAGACCUUACGGGGGAGAGCACAUAUCUAUAGGCAGCACUGGACUUUGUAGCCAAGUAAAGACUGUUGUUGAGACAGAGCAAAUAAAAAGAGAAGAAGAGAUAUUUCUGUACAGGUAAUAUUUGUAAAUAUUUGUAGAAAAGAAAAAAGAUUUUACCUGUUUGACUUUUAAAUGUCGUUUUUUUUGUUUUUUUGUUUUUGUCCUCGUUUGAAAUCUGUAAUAAUUAUUUUUCUUUAAUUUCCAUUUUUUGUAUCGGGAAGCUCCAGUGGACCCAGUUCCCUUUUUUCAUACAAGACACAAAACAAAGCUCUGAGGAAAAAGAUUGUUUAUAAUGAUAAUUGAAAAAGAUAUCAAGCAUAUGUAAUUCUAUGUAGCUAU